AUGGCCUAUCGAGAGCUGCAGGGGAGGCUCCAGCUCGCUGAGCAGCAGGUCCGCAUGUACCGGGAGGCGAUGGAGCACCUCAUUGCGGCGCCCCCAGCAGCCUGCCCGGCCGCUUGCCAUCCAAGAGCAAGCCCAAUCUCUACCACAGCAGGUGUCGCCCAGGAAAGCUUGUCCAACGUCUCCGCCGGCGGGGAGAACGAUCCCGGCGCUACGAAGCCGGCACCUGGGGCAGUUCCAGACGUCGCCACCACUGGAGGAGCGAAAGCGGAAGCAGUUGCUGACGGUGACGACGAUAGUGUUUUAGAUCACGGGAGAGGCGGAACGAAGAAAGGGGUCCCACGACUUAGCUCGGGUGAUGCGGAGGGAGCGGAGACCUCGGCGGGCAGCACAGCGGGAAAAGGCCCCAACAUUUGGGGCUUUAUCGGGGGUGCCGUGGGGUGGAUCGGGGAGGGGACGGCGGGCUGGAUGGCGCAGUCGGAGGCUAAACGGGAGCACCAUCGGCUUCUCGCAGAAGUCGGGAAGGUUCGAAGACGACGGGCGGCGGUGUGGCGAGAGAGGGAGCUGCUGGCGAAUACACGAGCGGAGCUAGCGCGAUGUCGAGCGGACCUCCUGUCCCGAAGGAUCGCCUUGGACUCCAGGAGGAGCGACGUGGCGGAGGCUCGGCAGAACUGCCGCAGCCGGAAGGCGUUGUACUCUGAGCAGCUUGUCAGCGCCAUGAGGAUGGGUGCCCUGAACGACUGCUUCCACAUCUGGCACCAAGGACCGUUCGGCACUAUCAACGGCUUCCGGGUUGGCAGGCUCAACACUCACGUGGUGGACUGGCAGGAAGUCAACGCUGGCGUGGGGCAGGCGGCCAUCGUCCUUGUCACCGUGGCGAUGGCAAUGGGCGUGGAGUUCACUAAGUACCUCAUCGCUCCCUGCGGGAGCUUCACCAAGAUCGCUCGUUCGGAAGACGGGAGGGUGCUCUACAGUCUGCACACGGACGAGAGCUUUAGCCUCUUCCCGCGGCGCAACUUUAACUUCGCGCUCAAGGCCUUCCUGCACUGCCUCGGAGAAGUCGGAGAUCACGUACAGGAACACGACCCGACGCUGAGACUCCCCUACCACAUCAAGGAGAAGGAGGGCACGGUCGGUGGGCUCCCGGUGGCCCUGGGCAGCAGCUACGAGGACUGGACGCGUGCGCUCAAGUACAUGCUGACAGACCUCAAGUGGAUCGCCGCCUGGGCUGCCAAGUACCUCCCUCCGUGCUGA